CCCUCGAGCCAGCCGAGCCGGGCGCGCAGUGGGCUGCAAAGUUUCGCCGCGCGAGUCCGCGGAGGCGGCGCAUCGGUUCCAGCUCGGCUCAGCUCCACUCGGCUCCGGAGGGCCGUGACCGCGGGCCGGGGCUCGGGCGGCGGGGACGGCCCGGCUCUUGGCUGCCCACCGCGCUCUGCCCCGCGCCCCGCGCCCCCGGUGCCAGCGCUGCCCGCGCGCCCUCCCGCCCGCCGCACGGUCGGUCCCCAGCCUCCGGUGCGCCCGCGCCCUCCUCCUCCCGGGCUCCAGCCCUUCGCCGCCGCCGCCCACCAUGGCUCGUGGCCCCGCUCGGACCAGCCCAGGACCGGGACCCCAACUGCUGCCGCUGCUGCCGCUGCUUCUGCUGCUGCUUCGGGACGCGGGCGGCAGCCACACGGUCCCUGCCCGCUCCGCCCUGCCCGCGGCCGCCGACGGCCUGGUGGGGCACAAGGAUGCCCAGUGGCCCCUGGGGGACGCGGCCGCCGCUCUGGGCCCCGGUGCUCGGGACAUGGUCGCUGUCCACAUGCUCCGGCUUUAUGAGAAAUACAGCCGAAGGGGCGCGCGGCCGGGAGGGGGCAACACGGUCCGCAGCUUCCGGGCCCGUCUGGAAGUGGUCAACCAGAAGGCCGUGUAUUUCUUCAACCUGACUUCCAUGCAGGACUCGGAAAUGAUCCUCACGGCCACCUUCCACUUCUACUCGGAGCCCAGGUGGCCCCAGGCACGUGAGGUGCCGUGCAAGCAGCGCGCCAAGAACGCGUCCUGCCGCCUGCUGCCCCCGGGCCCGCCUGCCCGCCAGCACCUGCUCUUCCGCAGCCUCUCGCAGAACACAGCCACGCAGGGGCUGCUCCGUGGGGCCAUGGCCCUGGCGCCCCCGCCACGGGGCCUGUGGCAAGCCAAGGACAUCUCCCCCAUCGUCAAGGCGGCCCGCCGGGAUGGCGAGCUGCUCCUCUCCGCCCAGCUGGAUGCUGGGGAGAAGGACCCGGGGGUGCCCAGGCCCAGCCCCCAUGCGCCCUACAUCCUCGUCUACGCCAACGACCUGGCCAUCUCAGAGCCCAACAGCGUGGCAGUGACACUGCAGAGAUAUGACCCCUUUCAAACUGGAGACCCGGAGCCCGGCGCAGCCCCCAACAGUUCGGCAGACCCCCGUGUGCGGCGGGCCACGCAGGUCACCGGGCCCCUUCAGGACAACGAGCUGCCGGGGCUGGACGAGAGGCCGGCGCACGGCCCCCACGCCCAGCCCUACCACAAGCACGAGCUGUGGCCCAGCCCCUUCCGCGCCCUCAAGUCCCGGCCGGGACGCAAGGACCGCAGGAGGAAGGGCCAGGAUGCGUUCGCGGCCUCCUCGCAGGUGCUGGACUUCGACGAGAAGACGAUGCAGAAAGCCCGGAGGAAGCAGUGGGACGAGCCGAGGGUCUGCUCCCGGAGGUAUCUGAAGGUGGACUUCGCAGACAUCGGGUGGAAUGAAUGGAUCAUCUCGCCCAAGUCUUUCGACGCUUACUACUGCGCAGGCGCCUGUGAGUUCCCCAUGCCCAAGAUCGUCCGCCCGUCCAACCACGCCACCAUCCAGAGCAUCGUCAGAGCUGUGGGCAUCGUCCCGGGCAUCCCAGAGCCUUGCUGCGUCCCCGACAAGAUGAACUCUCUUGGGGUCCUCUUCCUGGAUGAGAACCGGAAUGUGGUUCUGAAGGUGUACCCCAAUAUGUCCGUGGAGACCUGUGCCUGCCGGUAAGACCGCCUCCUCUGGGGUGGAAGGAAGCCUCCGCCCCACCCCACGCCCAGCAGGGCAGCAUCCUUGGAGCCUUCUGGAGUGAGAGCUUGACUUGGGGUGCAGCGGUAAAGGCAGGGCAGAGCUCACAGGCAGCCUUGCUGGUCCCCAGAAAGAUGUGUCCCCCGGGGCAUCAUUCUGGGGUCUUUCAUUGCUAGUGACUUAGCCCCUCAGUGCUGGUGUGAACCCGCGAAGGAAUCUGGGAAUGGGCCCUGGCCUUACCAUCGCCCAUGGUCCGUCCCCUCUGCUCUGACCACCGAACGUCUCCACAAUGUUGGCGUUUGUGAACAUCAUCUCAUAACCCGGGAAGAAACUGCAAACCUGGGGGUGCUGGCUGCCCGCACCUGGAGAACGCCUCUGUUUAAGCAACCAGUUUAAAACACUUCGGGCCACAUACUGAUCCUGGAAAACGAGGCCUGAAUAUUGGUCUAAGUGGAGGGUUUCUUUCCAGCUCCACUGCAAAAGCUUUUACACACACAGUAUGCACGUAUAACCGAUUUUGGUUUCUUUUUCUUAAUAUAUAUUUUAUUUUAAAACAAAAAAGAGGGAGGUGACGCCAUCCCCCACAGAGGUCGUCAUGCCGGAGAGGUGCGCAUUGUUUAAACGUGCUUAUUGAAAUAACACACACAGUAAUAUGUUGGAAUACUAAAAAAUAACCAAGAUUUUUAUAUUUUUGUAAAUUAUACUUUCUAUACUGUAGAUUGUGUAUGUUCUGUGUUUUUAUGGGAGGUUAAUAAAUUCAAGGCACAGGGGUAUCUUGAAAAACUGAAUGUCGCCCAUUCCAAAAUAUCGAUGGAUCCCCAUCUGUAGUGUGGCAUUUGGGUGGCUGCUGAGGUCACAGCCCCCUUUAGGAUCAGCCAAGGCCCCCCCACACACUCUCAUCUCUGUCCUGAGCUCCAGAAACUGGCUGCUCCUAUGCCUUCCAGAGUCUGACCCCACCCCCGGCCCACAGCUCCACACCCUGGGCUCAUCCAGGCAGGAUAUGGCCCCAGGAAGGCACAGUGGCCUCGCAGAGUUUCCUGGCUCAGAGGGGACAUCGAGGGCUUGGGAGGUGUCCGAGGCAUUUAAAGGAACUUCUGCAGUUGCUGGUCACAGACCUUUUUCUUGGGCUCCUUCAAGCAGGAGACUCAAAAGAAGCAAUCAAGGGCCUCUCUUGUGGUCUGAGGGCUCCGGAGGGCCUGGAAUGUCUACUUCUCCUUGUGCAUGUUAGUAGAAUGGCCACCCUGCUUCCUGUCAGCAGCCCUGUCCCCAGAUCGCCUCCCCCACAUGGCUCCCUUAUCCCCGAGAUGAUAUCACCUUCCAGUUGUAGCGCCUGAAGCUGGUUGACAGACAUUCCUGAAGGAGAAGCUGGGUCUGUUUAGGGGCAAGUGUGUGACAGCCCCUCUGCUGGGACAGGCAAGGAUGACAUGGACCCCAGUCUUACUUGGAGGAGAUGGAGAAGCCAUGAGCAGUCCUCCAAGAGGGGACUCGGAGGGAGAAAAGAAGCCCAAGGCGCCUGUCUUAGGUCGGGCUCCUGAGACCAGAAUUCCUGUGCAAGGGACGGAGAAGGAAGAGCUCCCAGAAGAAACAGGGAAGGGGAGGGGGAAGCAGGACAGGAGGACGAGGAGCCCAGCAUCCCACAUCCCAGAUCCUGUGGGGAGCACUGGAGCUUAAGCUACACCUCAGGCUUAGUCCGGCAUGGAGGCAAGGGAGCUGGACGUUCAGACCCACCCCAGGGUGCCCCUGGCUGGGAAGAUGGAGAGCCCCAGUUCCCUGGCCCUCUGCACAUGCAGCCGCGGUGGCUUCAGAAGCCCAAGCAGCCUCUGAAGAAGGCCACAGUGGCAGCUACUGGAGGCAAAGGGACCGACACUGGAGAGAGUGCCCAGAAGGGUAGGUCAGGGAGUCUGCGGGCACCUGGGUGGAUAGCAGCGUGUGCCCAGCAUCUCCUCUGAGGGGCUCCAGAGGGUCCUGGGACAUGUGUGUGAACAGCUGCCCCUGACAGAGCUCAGUGCGUCGAGGGGCGCUGUCCUUAGAGAGGCUGUCUUACUCCCACAGACACUGUCCUGGGACUGAAGGAGCCAUUCAUCGGAUGGUGGGGCGGCCUCAAAUCCGUCUGCAAGCUUCGUGCUUGCUGUGCCAUGUCUAACCUUUUUGAAACAGGACGGGGUAUAAAUUAAUAGCAAAAUAAGUCAAAAUAUUGGGGCUCAAUAAAGCUUCAAGUGCCUUUCUUCUCCAUAUUAGAUUCCUCAUUUUUCCUUUCCCCCCUCAAUUUUUUCUCAUCCAACUGCUCCCUUUCCAUUUCUUAAUAAAUAUGGGGUGUCCCAUAAUGGUUC